AUGGCUUCGAUAGACCAGUCAUAUACCAUGCUCCCCAGGCACUUGAGCCCCCAGCACCACGACGACUACAUUCUUUACCCUGAGCCACCACAGGGAGUCUUCAGCACAGCACCCAUGGAGAUGAGCAUCCCUGCCGACGCCUCUUACUUGUUCCCAACCUCCAUGGCAAUGGAUCACCAGCCCGCCCUCUACGACAACAACUUUAUGUACCAAGGACGCACAUCACCUGGCCUCUACGAGGACGCCGAGUUCCAACUGCCUUCUUCCAACCUUUCUACCGCAUCAGCACCAUCGGCGGCCUCCUCCAACGUAGGCUCGCCCCAAUCACACAACGACCAGCCGGCGCCAAUCCUCGACUGGGCGCACCCCGGCAUCGCUGUGACCCCGGGCAUCGUGCCCCACGACUACUACAACACCGCCGGUACAGAGUACUCGACCUACGCCGGCCCAGGUAUGGAAGACUUUGCAACUUUUGAAUUUGCAAACACCAAGCCCCCGGGUUUCGUGGGUGAGUUGCCAAACGCUUCUAGAACCACUCUUGCGCCCUCAUCUCGCGCGCUUUCUUCUUUUCCUUCUCCUUCACACGAGUCAAUUGGCUCUCAUUCUUCCAACACAGCUAUAGCUUCAGCUGUGCGCGUGCGCGACUCGGGCCCGGUGCUGGAUACUCACUCGUCCUCCUCAUCCCCUGUCACGCCCGCAUCGCGCAAGUCAAGCUUGUCCUUUGUCUCUCCUAGCUCUACUUCCUUCUCUUCUCCUCCGGCGCCCGUCUGGGGCCACUCGCCAAAGACUCCUCGAGUCUCUACUUUCUUUUCUCAGAGCAGCGGCCAUUUCGUCGCUCCUCUUGGUUCUUCUUGUUGGUUUUCCUCUGUCAAGCAGCAGCAUCAUCCUCCUUAUCGCACAUUGCCCGCUGACCACCUCUCCGCUCCAGACCCUUCUUUGAUCCACCCCGACAUCAGCCGCCCCAUGAUGGCCAACUUCCAGAACCCCAACCAGUAUCCCACCUCGCCUGCCCUCUCGCCCUCAUCACAGUCAAUGUCAAUGGUUCGCAACGGCAGUCAAUCGCCCUUCCUCCACAGCGGUUUCCAACAGCAGCAGCAAUUCAGCCCUUACGCUACUCCCGGUGACGCCCGCCGCCCCAGCCUUCACUCAUUCCCCUCAACCUACUCUGAUGGCAACAACUACAGCGGCGAUGAGGGCAAGGAGAAGCAGAGAUGCCCCCAUCCCGAAUGCGGCAAGGUCUUCAAAGACCUCAAGGCGCACAUGCUCACUCACCAGACUGAGCGGCCGGAAAAGUGCCCGAUUGUGACUUGCGACUACCAUGUCAAGGGUUUCGCUCGCAAGUACGACAAGAACCGCCACACCCUGACGCACUACAAGGGAACCAUGGUGUGCGGUUUCUGCCCCGGCUCCGGUUCAGCGGCUGAGAAGUCGUUCAACCGCGCCGAUGUCUUCAAGCGUCACUUGACAGCCGUCCACGGCGUCGAGCAGACACCACCCAACAGUCGCAAGAAGAGCAGCAGCGCCAACAGCGGCAAGAAGCUCGCGGGAUACCCUCCCGAUGCCACUGGCAAGUGUUCCACUUGCUCGCAGACCUUCUCCAACGCUCAGGACUUUUACGAGCACUUGGACGACUGUGUGCUGCGCAUUGUGCAGCAGGAGGACCCUUCUGAGGCCAUCAACGCUCAGCGCCUGGCCGAGGUUGAGAACGACAAGGAGGUGCACCAGACAUUGGAGAAGAACCAUCUGCCCACGCAGACGCAGAUGCCCUCGAACGAGGAGGAGGACGACGAGGAGAUGAUGGAGGACGAUGACGAGGAAGACAGCAAGCAGCGUGUCAGCGCGUCGCCCAAGAGGAAGGGCAACCCGGUCAACGGUGUUCAAAAGUCGCGCGGCCUCACGCACUCCCGUGGAGGCGGCCCUAUGCCUGUCAAGGCCAAGGGUCGCAAGAACAGACGCGACUACCCUUCUUCCUGGGGCUUCGACAAGGGCCAGAUGACGAUGAAGAAGCGGGUGAUGGCAGUGUUUGAUGGUCCUCGGCGACUGGCCAAGGACGACAUGAUGCUGUCGACGGAUCACGAGGUGCGCAUCAAGCUCACGGACGGCAACAACUACGUGACAGACCUGGACGUGCAGACGCUGAAGCGUGCCGAGGGCUUCCUUGGUGCGACGGAUGAGGAGAAGGGACCCUGGAUCUCUGACGAUCCGACUGAGGAGCAGCUGCGGGAGAUGCAGGCGAUGCUUGAGAGCUGCCAGGCGGCUCAGUAA